ACUCGUGCUUUCAAACUCACAAGAACAAAUUACCAUCCACCUUUUCAUGAUCAAAGCACAAUCACGGUGCCUGCAUAGAAGGACUUGGACAACGCACAGAACUUUGCAAAGUACAUGCAUUAAACAUUGUGUCCCACGUUAUCGAGCCAUUGAUAUUUGCAUUGCUUUCCUGGUUUUGAUUCACGCUUGUAUUUUUGGACUUUUCAUUUGUUUUCCUCUGACAUCCUGUUUGUGCCUCAACUGACGACUUCUUCUGACUUAUACUUCUCUGCCCUGUUUUUGCAUGAUGAUUUGGAUCUGUUUGCCUGCAUCUUUGUAUUCCUAAAAUUCCAUCCACUUACCACGAACCAUGAGCGGCAACUUUCUCUUGAAUGUUUUAUCUUCCACUAUAACUGUACAAUGUUUUUCUGUUUGCUGGAAUCAUCAGAAAUUUUCAUUUCAAUCUUUCACACAUUAUUAUGGCUUGUAGAUUGCAAGAGGCAUCAGAGGUUUUACGUGAUAUAAUCAAGAAGAGUCAAUUAAUAUCUUCAUCUCCUGAUGGUCCACCUGCACGAUAUCAUCUCCUCGCAACCAAAUGUAAUCUUGAUCAAGACCGCUCAGUGAGAAAAUGGACAUUUGGACAGCAAGACAAAAAUAUGCAAAACAAAAUCCUACUAUUGGUUGGAGAAACUGGAACAGGCAAAACUACUCUGAUCAAUGUCGUGGUAAAUUAUAUACUCGGGGUGAAGUUUAUAGAUGAAGUAUGGUUUGAGAUUACAGAAGAGGGAGAAAAUAAUCAAACCUUAGAUCAGACAGAAACACAAACAACUCAAAUCACUGUGUAUGAGGUCUUUGCCCAGGACAACCCAAUCUGUCUGACCAUCAUUGACACUCCAGGUUAUGGAGACACCAGGGGAACGGAUAUGGAUAAACAGAUUGCUGAGAAUCUGUACAAGUUGUUUCGCAACGAUAAUGGAGUGAAAGAAAUCGAUGCAGUGUGUCUGGUAGUGAAGGCAUCCGAGAAUCGACUCUCUGACAGACAGCAUUACAUCUUUGAUGCAGUUUUGUCCUUAUUUGGUAAAGACAUAGAGAACAACAUUGUCAUUUUUGUCACUCAUUCAGAUGGAAUGCCUCCAACUAAUGUGAUUAAUGCGAUUAAGAGAGCAGGGAUUCCCUGCAGGAAAGAUGAAGAAAAUGAACCUGAGUGUUUCUUAUUCAACAAUCGUCAAUCUAAGAAAAGGAGCCAAAAGUAUAACAAACCGCUCCAGGCAGCUUGGGAAAUGACAGAGGACACAUUAAAUGAUUUCUUUGUCUCCCUGAAAGAAGAGAACAGAAAAAGCUUAGAGCAGACUGAUAAGGUUCUGGCUGAGUCCAAACGACUUGAAGCCUGUAUUUCUAACCUGCAAAACCGUAUUGACUUUGUCGAGUGCAAAACUAAAGAACUAGCCCAGAUUCAGGAAGCCCUUGAGGCAAACCGAGAAAAGAUGAAGAGAAAUGAAAACUUUACUUUUGAAGUCACCACAUAUUACAAAGAAAAAGUACUCAUUGAAAAUGUUUCAUGGAAGGACAGAAAGGCCACCAGUUGCUCUCAGUGUGAAGAGAACUGUCAUGAGUAUGGCUGCUGGGCUGCCAGGAAUGCUUCGUGGUGUGAAGUCAUGAAAAAUAACCACUGCACAUCAUGUACAGGUAAAUGUCAUUACACUAAACAUGUCAAAGAGAACAAGAAAUAUGUUAGAUGCAGCAGACAGACCAGAAUGACAUAUGAUGAUCUCAAAAAACGAUUUGAAAUUAUCAAUAAUUCAGCAUCAAAUAUCAAGUGUGAUUUAAAGUCCUAUGAAAAUGUCAAAAAGGAGUUAGAAAGUGACAAGAAACAGGAUGAGGAGAUGACAAGCAUAGAGAAGAGACUGAAAGAAGAGAUAACCAAGAAAGAAAAGGAAAAAGCUGACCUGGUGGAAGAAGCCCACAACGCCAUCAUGAAACUGUCUGAGAUAGCUUUAAAGUCAGACUCUGCUUUCAUUGUUCAGGGUCUCGACUUCUUGAUCCCUCGUGCUGAAGAAACUGGAAGAGACGUCCUUGCAAAUAAUCUGAGAGAGCUGAGAAAAAUUAAACCUGAAUCAGAGGAAAGAGUUAAUGCUGCAGCGGGGUACGCAAGGGCAGGUCUCAAUAAAAUGAAAAAUUUUUUCUGGUCAAAAUGAAUUAAAUGUGGCUGUGUAACAGGUAAUACAGAAGGAAUUAUAAACAUAUCAGAAUCAAGCGUGCAAGUUUUGUUCAGUUAAUGAAAUGCGUUGCGUUUAUUCAUUAAUGCUGUUGUUCAAGAUUUAAUCUUUUACUUUGUUUAGGUAAUCAUUUAGAACUUUCAUUAUGAUUAAUUAUGAAUGUGUUAUGGAGUGCCUGAAGGAACAUGGAGGGGGGGAAAGAUGUACUUUUGUGAGAUCUGAUUUUUUAUGCAGGUCAAGGAACUUCCAGAUCAUUUUGGCAACAUCUAAACCACAACAAUGGAGCGCAUACACCAGUGGGUAAGGUUCAGAGAAUUUUGACAUUGGCCUUAAAUAUGAAGAUAUUCAAUCCAUUUUGUAGAUAUGGAUUUUUUUGUGUGUGUGUUUUCACAGCAUUCGAAUUAAAUGCUAAUGUUAAUGCUAACAGAGCUUCUUAGUGAGGCAUUCUGGCAGUGGCAGUGACUUUCACAUACAGUGACAUCGCGUGCAAACCCUCUAGCAGGAGACAAUUUGAUUUGUCACACAGUUUAAAUAUCGUAAAUGCUGAUUAUGCAGCGCAAUUUUGAAUAUAUUACGGCUUGUGCUGGUAAAACAACAGGAAACUCUUACACAAGAAAUUUUUAAAGUUGCGUAAACUCUAUUUCAGUGUGUGUACAUGCUAUUUCAGAAAUGGACGUAAAGUUUACGUGAGUUUAGCCUCCACUACAGUCUUGUUUCAAUGUUGCCAAACUGACCCGAAAAGUACAUUGGCCUCAGUGAAAAACUAUGUUAGAGCUCAAAUUUCAUCGAAUUUUACUUUGAGAUUGGCCUCAAAUAUAAAUACAGUAAAUCAGUGCUUGGCAGUGCUACGGUUUUCACAUAAGUGAGAGAAAACUGAAGAGAGUACUUAGCGUAAGGGGAUACACUCAUUGCAAUUUUGAUGAACUGGAAGUACACUGACCUAAAUAAAAUUUCCAUUGAAUUUUUUCAAGUUUUGAAAAUUUUUAAACCUUCAAAGUUUUUCAAAGUCUGAAACAAAAAAAGUAUUUUCCUCCCUCCAUAUCCAUAAUGUGUUUAACAUGUAGCAGGAGUUUUUUUUUGUUUUGUUACCUCAUAUGUACCAUAUAUGAAGCUGUACUGUUCAUGGAUAGAUAUUUUCCUUUUUCAUUUAACUUAAUGUAGUUCAUUAGAUUAUAUUGUUAAUUCCAUUAUUGCUUGUGUUCUCUGUUUUUCUGAUUUUCUCAUUAAAUAUUUGGUAACUGCAGUGUGUCUGAGUCGCCUCUUUCUGAGACUCAUCCACAUGGAUCAAAUAACACUGAAUCUUCAGUAAUUCAUAAUCCAGAUAAUUAAUACUACUGCUACUGUUAA